AUGAAAAAGCCAGCCUUAUCCUUUACUAUUCUAGCCUUGCUUGCUUUGAUUGUGCUGACAUCGGCCGUUGGGUUUGAUCCAGUGUCAUUUCAUCUUAUCGAUUCAAUACGCUCUCCACUGAAUGCUACCAAGAAGUUCACUAUCACCGCUAAGAUUGAGACAUACAACCAAACCGUCAACUUCGUUCUAGAAAACAACUAUGAACUCAUAUCACCAGACGUACAAAUCCGGUAUCCAAGUGUCUACCAAUACGCUAAUAAUGCAGAUACCCUGCCAGAAAUUCAAGUUCAGUUUACAAGAGGGUCAGUCUGGACACAGGACACUCUUAAACGGAAUUGGGAAAACGUCGGAUGGGCUAGACUUGCCGUGAUCCAGGAAGGAGACAGUUUGCUCUUUGAUGGAGCGUUUACGAUGAUGGCUUCACAGUAUGCCAUUGUGCUUGAGACCCUCGAUGACGGGUCUAUUGGGAUAAUAGCCCACGAACACGAAUCCGCAUUCUCUGUAGGCGGCCCACUACUCCCCUCGCUCUGUGCAACUGCCCCCGAAACACACUUGGAUAAGCGACAGGUUUGGGAUGCUUUGGGUGACGACAACCUCACAUCAACGAUUGGUAGUACGUAUGGUUGUCCGACCACGAGAGAGAUUGCCUACAUUGGUAUAAUGACGGAUUGCACCUAUACUGCAAGCUUCAACUCCUCCGACUCCGCCCAUCGAUACAUCUUGAAUAUGGUCAACACUGCAUCUGUGGUCUUCGAGAACAGUUUCAAUAUCUCUCUUGCGGUACAGAAUCUGACUAUUGGUGAUGCUGAAUGCCCGAGCAGUACACCAGCCAUGACUUCGUGGAAUCUUCCAUGCUCUCAGGGCAAUCUGAACACCCGCCUUCAGACAUUUUCAAUGUGGCGAAGCUCUUUAAAUGAUGAAAAUGCAUACUGGACCUUGUUAACUGGGUGUUCUGUUUCCGUUGGGGAGAUUGGGGUAUCAUGGAUUGGAGCGCUAUGCAACACAGGCUCUAGGUAUGGUGGAGCUAGUGCUAAUGUUGUCGCACGAACACCGAAUGAGUGGCAGGUCUUUGCGUAA